UGCCAAACUAACUCCGCGGUGUUAGACCAUAUUCAACGAUCCUCCAACCUCAGGCACACCCCGAGAGGCCACUAACUUUAACGUCUAAACGACCCCUCCAUUUUCACGGACCGCCCUAUCACCGGGGAAUCGAUCUCGAAUGACCUCUCGCAAGCGAGAAGGUGAGGCUGCUACACCUGCAGCCUCGGAUUCCGCGUUACAGAAACCCAGCAAGAGGGUUAGAAAGGCCAUAAACUGUGAGCCUUGCCGAGCUUCCAAGUUAAAAUGCGACCGAGGCCGUCCUUGUUCCGGCUGUGUUCUGCGUGGGACGACGGCACAAUGCUAUCCUGAUGAGGAAAGGGGACCGCCCCCGCUUCAGGACCAUAAGAAAGAAGAAGCGACACUGUCGUUAGUGGAUGUACGGACGGAGGUCGGCCGUAUUCGCAAAUCGCUUGCCAUCCUCGAGUCGUUGGUUCCACGAGAGGGUAGUUUUUCAGCUUUCUUGUCUUCUUCAUCUUUCCAGGGAAUACUCUUGUCGUUGAUGAAGCAGUACGAUCUGACACCCACUAGGCCGAAAGAAGGAGGUUUGUACCUUGGUCCAACGGCCCCUUGUUCAGCCGUCUUGACUCUGAGAAGCGACGAAACCGGUUCUCCGGUCCAGUCUGAAACACUGGCCGCUUCCGCAAUCAGAGCUCUGCGCUCCCCCCACGCCAACGCUGAUAUUCGCUCAGAGAUACCUACUGACUUCGUGUAUACGACUUCUCUUAUCACUUUCUUUUUUACUCGUACCUCCCCCUGUCCCCCUAUUGACCAUAAUGCUUUCAGUGAGGCAUGGGCACGCGCACGAGGCUCGGAUUAUACGGACCAUCUUGUCAUGGCGACUCUGUUCCUUAUGCUGGCCGUCGCUGUUUACUAUCUUCCCCCUCGCGAUCCUCUAUUGGCUCGUCUGCCUGCACCGCCCAACGUCGUGGCGAACAGGUGGUACAACGCCUCGUUGAUAGCAGCAAAUCGCUACAAGAAGUUUAAAAAUCCCCCUGAUUUGGAUUGGAUUGAGAUGCUUCUUCUCAAAGCGCAAUUUUUGAGCAUAAGUGGCGCAGAUCAUGAAGAGAUAUGGGGAGUUAAGUGCGAAAUUGGCUCGGCUGCGUUGGCGAUGGCUCUUCACCGAGACCCUGGGGCGUGGAAGAUGGAUUUGGAGGAAAUUCAGAGGCGCAGGUGGGUAUGGUGGAACUACGUCGUUCUCGAGAGGUGGUUGUCUUUUCUGUUCGGUCGCCCGCUCGCCGUUCGGUCAGACCAUUUCGAUACUAAGUAUCCUGUUUCUGAUGCAACGCCUUCCCGAACGGCCACUGGCUCAUCUCAAAAGUUGGUUGUGAAUCACCCUUCUGCUCCGCUCUCCCAUCUUUUCGCACUCGCGCAAUUCCGCCUUGCCGCCAUCAUCGGUGAGGUAGUCUCGGAUGCGACAUCUGUUAAACCUGUCCCAUACGACCGCGUCAAGGAACUGGACAAGUCUCUUGAAGAUUGGGAGAGCAUGUUGCCCGAAAUUCCGUAUAACUCAAACAUGGACAGAUACGGUAUUGGAAUCAAUGGGACCAUGAACAGGGGCAACCUUGACCCGUUCGAAUUGAGGACUUUGACACUAUGGAAAGUACAUCUCAGGGUGCAGAUGUUUCAUGUUCGUUUCAUUAUGCAUCGACCUUACAUGAACAGCGCUUCCCUAAAUGGGUCGGAUGGAGCUGGAGCAUGGUCAGUAAAUGGCCGUGCCACGGCGAUACAAGGUCCUGGAGCUCAAGCCUGCCCCCCACCUCACUCUGGCAGCGUUCCGCCAUACACCGACGGGAGCACUGAGGGGAGCACCUCGAGUGUAGUUGCACCCUCAACCACGCCAAGUUAUGAAGCUGCUUUACACUCGGCAGAAAUGGUUAUUCAGCUUGUUUCCGAUGCGAGCAUUCAGCUCCUGGGUGAAGGUUCAAGCCCGUCUGGCGGAAUGGGCUUUCUUGGUGUUCCUGGGCACAUCGCUUGGAUUGGAUAUUCCCUUUUCUCGGCUUCCGUCUUCUUCGUAACGCUCAUGCUCACAGGGCGUUCCAAUGCGCCUUCCUGGUCGAACACUUCGGUCCACUACCGUCGGAUCUUAGCCGCAUCCGAAACACUUAAAUAUGUCAAAGCUGCGGUCCCUUUCGCAGAAAAGGCGCUUCUUGUACUAUAUGCCAUGGCUCCGUUUUUCGAAGACGAUCUUGACGACGCAGGGAAGAAAGCUCAAAUCGACGCCAUCCGAACCUUAGCGUUUCCGGGCCACAAAGACCCUCCUUUGCCCUUGCAUAAACCAGACAACGGUGCUUUGGGGGACUUGAGCGCUCACGAGUCAUUGGAAGCCGAACUCGAAAGGGAUUUGGACUCGCGGCUUGAAACUCAUGUGCCAUCCAAAUAUGACGGGCACCAUCGCGCAAUCGCAGCUCCGAACGUUCCUCCCCCUCAGCAGAACGUGAUUUCGCCGGUGGUGAGGGCACCCGUGGAAGCGGACGAGUUACCAUCUAUGCCUGGAUCCUCGAUGGCAGGUCGAGCGACUUCACAGGCUUUCACGUCCGCGGAGCCUGCGAGCAUUUAUGGUACACCUGAUAGAUCGACGCGUCCUCCGUCAUCAAUGCGAAGCCCCUCUGAGGUGUCGAUGGUACCCUAUCAUCUACAACAGCAGCCCAAUUCCUUUCUUAAUCCCAUAGUGAUGGGUCCAACCGAUGGUGUCUCGAGUCCGAUUAGUGGAGUCGAACCCCCGUAUAAUGUUCCUUUGAACGAGCCAUUCCAGAUAGCCGACAAUUUGUCCGCGGAGAUGAGGGCGAUGCCACCUCCCUCAACUGGUGGUCACACUGCCCGCAAUCUUGCGGUUCCUACAUCUCAACCAAGUGCGGGCAGUCAUUCGGCAAUGUCAGCUCCACCUGCUCUUCACCCCUCCCAGUCAUCGACAGAGGCCAUGUGGUAUCCCCAGAAUCGCCUCGUCGGGAGUUCUCAAAAACAAAGUGGCAGUGGGAUGGGGUUGGGGAUGGCAGUUGGUCCUGGAAUGGGGAUGGUGAUCUCACCUCAGCCCAAAGUGAAUCAGCCUCCCCAGUACUUCUUGCAGCCUAACGCUGCGCCUCUCUCUGGACCUGGAACAUAUAUGGGACACAUCACCCCUCCUGGAAUAGCUGGAGUUGCGAUGGGCCCUCCUAGCGCAAUGGAUGUUUAUGUGGGUUAUAUCCAGCGGACUGUAGGAGAUGAGGUUUGGGAGCCCAAUCCUCACGGCAGUUCCGAUGGGGUGGACUGGGCCGAUAGCGGCUCUUCCCAAAGGCAGCAAUGGUAAGGUUUUCUCUGUGAUGCAGACGCGACAUUGUGACUUUCUUAUCCCGACUGGAGAGCUUUCCUCAUCUAUAUGCUUGCUUUGGGGGCUCUGAGAUUUUGCUUGUGUAUGAUAUUCCUUGUACAUACUUUAUCACUAUAUCGUGCCCAGUACUCGAGUGAUCGUGUUUGUCAUGUUCACAAUCUAUUAUAAUCGUCGGAGACACGACA